AUGACGAUCAGCCUCGCAGCUGUCCAGCGCAGCACUAGAAUUUUUAACCGCUCUGCAACUACUGACAAAGUAUGUCACCUCAUCCACGAGGCUGGAGAAAGGGAGCGGAUGUUAUUCGGUUCCCUGAAGGCUUUAUCUUGUGCUCCCAUCCCGGGUGACAACGCUCCCACUGGUCUCAGAACCAGCCCUCCCUUUACCCCGGGGCUUUUUCCACGAAAGCGCCCAGGUUCCCGUUGCUGGUGGCUAAGUACUGUUCAAGCGGCAUGUCGAGAUUUCCGUGGCAGGGUAAUUGAAGCAUAUGGCCACAAUGGAACCGGGAAGGCAAUUCCUACGCAAACACAAGAGAAGACUGGCCGCUUCAAAAUCCUUGGACCCAACGGCUCCACAGUCGCAGGAGCAUUCGAAGAGGUGCAGGGAGGAAUUUUAUAUGUAGAUGUGGGCACUGAUGAUUUCGCUGAUUCUGAAAUACGCGACCUGCUACCGAGUAUGCCUGAAACCAUGAGGAACCGGAGCUCUUUGCUCGCUAUAUCGCGAAGUAUUUCGAGAAUAUUAUCAAGCCAAUGA